AUGGUUGAUUCUGAGAGUGAGCCGUUAUACAGCAGUGAGGAUGAGUACUUCCCAGGUGAUGAAGAGAUGCAUGCUGAUGAUGAUUUUGUAGGAAUGGAAGUUACUGUGCCAUACCGCUCACCGCUAAAGGAACUUUUUCAGAAGGGUAUGUCUAAGUUUUGGGCUGUUGAAAAACCUGUAGUUAGCAUUCCUACUACUUGACCUGAACAGAUGAACCUUAUGUUUUUUUUCUGAUUUCUGUUCCAAAUUUGCAUGCAAAUCCAAAACUAUCCAUAUUACUGAGAAUUAGGAACCAGAAUGGUUUAAGGAAAAUAUGCCACCAAAAUCUCAACCUUCACCAAACAAAGCACUCAUCAUUGACAAGCCCUUCUUGUGUUCUUUUAACAUAUAAUGUGCUUUAAUGUGAUCUAAUUAGCUAUUUCUUAAUUAUAACUCAAAGCAACCAAGAAAAGUGAAAAUGAUUAGUACAUGCAGUUAUCACUUGUAAGGUCCUUCCAAGUUACACUUAAGGUACUCUACACUUUUAUCCCAAUGAUGAAAUUUUAUUCAGAUGCAUGCAUACAUGUAUAUUUUGAAAGGUGAUGCUAAAGUUGCACCAAUAUCAAGGAAAGAGAAGGGAUCAAGGAAUCUGACAGAUGGAGCUCAAGGACAAAGUGAGUAUAGUAUCUAUAGUGUCUGUCCAUUGUUGUUUCAUGAUGUUAUUUGUUUUACAUGCAUAUUCUACUUGAUAUUCAAAGUGGUCUUGGAGUUGCAACAAUAAUUUAAAAGGAAGUAGAACAAUUAACAGCUAGAGAUUACCAUGAUGAAGUAAAUUUUAUUCAAGUUACACUUAAGGUGACUCUACACUCAAGUUAAUGAUCCCAAUGAUGAAGUAAAUUUUAUUCAGAUGCAUGCAUACAUGUAUUUUGUUUUGCAAGGUGCUUCUAAAGUUGUACCAAUAUCAAGGAAGGAGAAGGGAUCAAGGAAUCUGACAGAUGGAGCUCAAGGACAAAGUGAGUAUAGUAUCUAUAGUGUCUGUCCAUUGUUGUUUCAUGAUUUUAUUUGUUUUGCAUGCAUAUAUUCUACUUGAUAUUCAAAGUGGUCUUGGAGUUGUAACAAUAAUUUAAAAGGAAGUAGAACAACAGCUAGAGAUUACCAUGAUGAAGUAAAUUUUAUUCAAGUUACACUUAAGGUACUCUACACUCAAGUUAAUGAUCCCAAUGAUGAAGUAAAUUUUAUUCAGAUGCAUGCAUACAUGUAUUUUGUUUUGCAAGGUGCUUCUAAAGUUGUACCAAUAUCAAGGAAAGAGAAGGGAUCAAGGAAGCUUUUUUAUGAAACUGAUCAAGAGCAAAGUGAGUAUGCAUGGUAUCUAGCAAUCUGUCCAUUAAUUGUCUGUGUUAUAUGUCAUGGUUUUAUUCAUUUUGCACUUGCUCUACCUGAUAUGCAAUGUGGUCUUGGAGUUGUGUCAAAAGAACAAACAUCAUAUAGGCAUAUAGACUUGGUGAGGGUCCUGAGAGUGUUUUCUUUAUACAGGUUUGACUGUAGCUGUUAUGAAUAUAAUGAAUGAACACACAUGUAUGCAGGUGUAGAUCAAGUUUACCUUCACUGAAUAUAAACAUAAAACUUGUACUUAUAAUUACAAAUAUAUGUUUCUUUUUAGGAUCUCAGCCUGCCCUCUCCAAGUGUGGACGAGAGGAAUGCCGUCUCUUGAGACAAGAAAAUGCCUCACUGAAGCAGAAAGUUUUGGAAUUAGAGCAGAAAUUGAAUGGUUAGAAUUACUGUUUAUUGUUAUCAUGUUUUGUAUAUAACUGCCACUAGAAACAUUUUUAUCCUACAAAAAUAACAGUUAAUUGGCACACUUAAAAUUUAAUUAUUAUUCACUAUUUUUUUUUUACUUGAUUGUCAAUCAUUGAAAAUGAUGGAGGGUUGUGUAAUGUAUGUAUGUUUUUGAUUCAUUGGUACAGGUACCUAUUCUUAUAGGACUGUUUUGUUUAAUUUCUUUCAGAUCAGUAUAGUGAAGACACUAACAAACCACUUGCUGGAGUCAUUUCUCCAGUAAUUGCAUCAAAACACAAGGUACACAUGCCUGUACAUGCAUGCUUUAAAUAACAAGCACUCCUAGUUUAAUGUUCAAUUGUAUAUUUGAGGGCAGCUGUUUUACCAGAUGUAUUUGUUGUUUAUUUCAAGCACCCUACAUGUACAACCUACAAACCUAGUGUUCCCUAAAUACUAAGGGUGCAUCUGCUUGAUAUGAAGUCACAAUGUUAUUGGUAAUAAGUUUAACAUUCUGGGGCCGGAUUCAUGAAGCCCUCCUAAACUAAGACAAAUCCUAAACAUUGUUUAUUAACAAUAGUCUAUUGUCGUAACCACAAUAGACUAUUGUUAAUAAACAAUGCUUAGGAUAUGUCUUAGUUUAGGUGGGCUUCAUGAAUCCAGCCCUUGAUAGGUCAUCCAGAAGAAAUGUAAUUCUCUGUGAGGGAGACUUUAAAUAGGUGCGUUAAAUUUUUCUGUUCUUCAUCCAAAGUUGGGGUUUUGUUAUUAAACUUGAAGAAGAAUUCAAGGUACAGAUGUGAACAUUUCACUGUACAUUUCACUCAUUUAUUGUAUCUCUUUUACUUAGAUGGAAGAAAUGGCCAUAGGGAGUGGGGUUUUCUGGUACCCGACCCAACGACUGAAUGCAUUGGCAGAAGGAAAAUCAGUGGGCACUAUGACAGCAUACUUGAUUGACGUCAUGUUUGACAAAAAACUUUAA